AAUUUCAUAGAUAUAGGUGAAUUUGAUAUAGGUACUGACGACUCUACUAAUACAAAUCGAACAGAUAAAUUUAUAGGUACCUACCUACACAGUAUAUGGGUAUCCAGAAAACAUUUAUACCUACCCUAUAUAUCAGUCCAUAAUAGGAAAAAAUUUGACACAAACUGGGGUGGAAAACUCGAAGCUAGAAGUCCUAGACCGUCCAUUGAAAAUCGUUUUGAGGAUGGACGAAUUCAGCAUCGGUGUCGACAAUGUUACAUAGAAAAGGACUACAGAUCGGUACUGAAAAUGUCUAAAAACUAUGAAUUAGAUUCUGUUGGAACAGUGCUCUGGCUUCAACAGGCUGAUGCACUCAACACCUUCAUGAAGAUGUGGUAUCACGUCUUCUUGUGGGCCUUAUUUUCUUCAAUAUUAGUCCAUACAAUUGCUGGACUUAUUGCAUUUCUCACAUUGAGAAAGCAUAAAUUUGGCAAAUUUUUUCCAAUUGCAAUACUUCUCAUGGGGGUGAUUACUCCAGCUGUAACAGGGAUUGUUAGCAGUGCUGCAGUUGCUUUUGUCUACAGAGCAUCUAGUUUACCAAUGAAUCCAUUGUAUGCUCUUUUUUGGGGAUGUGGUCAAACUAUUUUAACUGGUUGCAUGGGAUUCACAAGAAUAUUAGCUACUUUGUAA